ACCUUUUCUUCCUCAGCUUCCCCCCCCCCCCCCCGGCCCAAGCUCUGAUCCUCCAUGCCUCCGUUUCUUGCUAUAUACAACCUAAUCUGGUUUUCAGGUAUUUUCUUCCUGUAGUUUAAUUGCUAGAGGGGUAUCCGGACCUUCAUCGAAUAAGGAAAUUAAUAGCUGUUCGCUGGAUACUUCUGAUGGAGUAUAGUAUUCGGUGGAACUGGGAGCGCUAAGUUGGUCGUCCGAUUACCUUAGUUUUGAUUGUCCUCAUUAGUGACUGUUGUUGUAUAUCCGUUCCUAACUUGGGUCACCUAGCUUCUUUGAACAAUUAGUCUGCAUCAUGGGCUCUCGAUUUCCGUCUCAUCAGUUGAGUAAUGGCCUUUACGUGUCAGGCCGGCCUGAGCAACCGAAAGAGAAGACCCCAACAAUGAGCUCAGUUGCCAUGCCUUACACUGGUGGUGAUAUCAAAAAGUCUGGAGAACUUGGUAAAAUGUUUGACAUCCCUAUGGAUGGCUCCAGGUCUCGAAAAUCAGGUCCCAUAAACAAUGCCCCCUCAAGAACAGGUUCUUUUGGUGGUGCGCCUUCUCACUCCGGCCAAUUGAAUUCUGCAAACCGUGCUUCAGUUUCAGCUGGUGGUGUUCCUGGGUCAGCUUCAUUGAAGAAAACAAAUUCUGGACCACUUAAUAAACAUGGUGAACCAUUGAAAAAAUCAUCUGGUCCUCAGGGUGGGGGAACUGCCGUAUCUCGCCAAAAUUCUGGUCCACUUCCUCCAGUCCUCCCAACUACUGGCCUCAUUACAUCUGGACCUAUUACAUCGGGACCCCUAAAUUCUUCAGGGGCGCCUCGGAAGGCAUCUGGUCCUUUGGAGUCUACAGGCUCGAUGAAGUUGCACAAUGCUUCUAUAGUUAAUAACCAGGCUGUUACCCACCUUAGCCAGGAUGAUGAAUAUUCAUUCCGCAAGAGUUUCCCAAAGCCAAUUCUUUGGGCCAUCAUUCUUCUAUUUGUCAUGGGAUUUAUUGCUGGUGGUUUCAUCCUUGGAGCUGUUCGUAACCCCAUUCUUCUUGUUGUCGUUGUUAUACUUUUUGCUGCAGUGGCUACUGUAUUCACCUGGAACACUUGUUGGGGAAGAAGAGCUAUCACUGGUUUUAUUGCUAGCUAUCCAGAUGCUGAGUUACGAACUGCAAAAGAUGGCCAAUUUGUCAAAGUUUCUGGGGUUGUUACCUGUGGCAAUGUUCCUCUUGAAUCAUCAUUCCAGAAAGUUCCUCGAUGCGUUUAUACAUCCACAAGUUUGUAUGAGUACCGGGGAUGGGAUUCAAAAGCCGCAAACCCCACACAUCGUCGCUUUACCUGGGGCCUUCGGACAUUAGAGAGGCAUGUAGUUGACUUUUAUAUUUCUGACUUCCAAUCUGGGUUGAGAGCAUUGGUUAAAACUGGCUAUGGUGCAAGGGUGACUCCUUAUGUUGAUGAAUCUGUCGUCGUUGACAUCAAUCCAGCAAACAGGGAUAUGUCACCUGAAUUCAUCAGAUGGUUAGGAGAAAGAAACCUUUCAAGUGAUGACCGUGUAAUGAGACUCAAAGAAGGAUACAUCAAAGAAGGCAGCACUGUCAGUGUUAUGGGAGUUGUGCAGCGGAAUGAGAAUGUUUUAAUGAUUGUUCCCCCACCCGAACCUUUUUCAACCGGAUGUCAGUGGAGUAAAUGCAUUCUUCCCGCCAGUCUUGAAGGCAUCGUCUUGAGAUGUGAGGAUACCUCAAAGAUCGACGUUAUACCAGUUUAGUGGUUUGACAUGAAUGAUCUCUUAUCCUAAGAGAGAAAUUGUCGAAAACUCGUGAAAAGGGUGGCAGCGAAGGCGAUUUCGUUGAGUGUUGACCAGGUGUAUAGUUUUCGUGUAUUUUCUUCAGUUUCAGUCUCAUUUUGGUCCAGGAGUUUGGUAUGGUUGUGGCGUUGGUGUGAAUUAUUAUAGUACAGUGGAGGGAAGUUGGAGAUUAACGAGCAAGUCGAAGAUAUUCAUUUUUCUGUUAGAAUUGUUUUGGUAAUUCUUGAGCUUGUGAGAAUUAUUCAUUGUUAACUAUAGUAAAACUCUUGGAAAUGGAUGGUUUUAUUGGGUUUGAGAUAUUCUUUGUAGGCCUCUUUGGUCACUUUGUUUAUGCUUUGAAAUGAAAUGUUGUACUAAUAUUGUACAUGCA